AUGGCGUCCACUGACCUUCCGCCAAUCAUGCUAGACCACCUCUACUCCAUGGAUGACGAUCUUAAAGCAGAAGGGACGCUCCUGUUGCUUGAAGAUGCCCGUAAAAAUCCCGUUGUUGGUGAUGAGCCAUCCCCUGAGACUGCUCCUGUAAUUAAUCCUGCCUCCAUAUCCAGAUGCUGCAUUGAAAAGGGCCUCUUUCCAGCCAUUCCCCUAUUCUUCCAAUAUCCUUGCAGCAUCAGUAAAGGUUGGUCAGAAUGGGUCGACCGUGAACUGCGGGAUCCAUCCACAUGCAACAUCCUGCGCAGAGCAUAA